CAUUCAUUCGUUUUUCUGACAGCUGGUAGCAGGGCACGGUAGUCUCUUCUGGUGAAAGUUAAUUGAUAUAAUUAUAAUUUAUUGAAGGGAAAGGGACUUUCUUGUUAUUGCAAAACCGGUUAGGCGGGCAACUAAUUCAUCAUGUCGGAGCCGCGGAAAAAUCAUCUCUCCAUAGAUGGAGGGCAGGUGAAAGAAGACGAACACGUCGCGUCUUACAAGCCGAUUCCAGAGACGGAUACAGAAUUCCGUACAUCGAAAUCCAACCUCUCCAAGUCCAAGGAGAAGAUAUCUCCUGACGGCGCGGAGGAGAAGCUGCUACCCAAGGAGGAGGAAGCCAAGAUCGUGACUAGAGUGGACAUGGCGGACGCCAAGUACGUGGUCGAGGACCACAGGAAUGGAGACGCUAAGAUUGAACUCGAUGCCAAUAAGAGGCAAUUCUCGGGUCUGACGAAGGAGGAGCUGUUGAAGUAUGCGGACGAUCCGUUCUGGGUGAACCUGCGCUGGGGCAUGUUCGUGCUGUUCUGGGCGAUGUGGCUGUGCAUGCUGGCCGGCGCCAUCACCAUCAUCAUCAGGGCGCCCAAGUGUGCCGCGCCAGAGCCCAAGAACUGGUUUGAGGAAGGACCGCUAGUUGACGUAGAAGAGAUGAGCAGCGGCGACGUGACCCCGGAACUGCCUCUGCUGCAGAGCUUCAAGGUGCAGGGUAUCUUCAUAGACGUGCCGACGUAUGACAUACUGGAUGACCCGCCCACCGUCAAGGAGAACUUCCAGGCUUUCGUUAAGAAGGCUAAGGAGUUUGGCAUCAAAGUGAUUGUGGACCUGAUCCCCAACUAUGUGUCUCUGGACCACCCGUGGUUCUUGGGCAGUGAGAACAAGACUGAACCCUUCACCGACUACUUCGUAUGGGCCGAAGGCAAGGAAUUCGAUGAGUCCGGCAAGAGGAAACCGCCAAACAACUGGGUGUCGACCCUGGACCAGUCAGCGUGGUCGUGGAGCGAGAAGCGCGGCGCUCACUACCUGCACCAGUACGGUGAGACACAGCCCGACCUCAACUUCAACAACCAGCGUGUUGUCGAGCAGUUCAACAACGUGCUUAAAGCUUGGAUGGCAGCCGGCGCUGCUGGUGUCAGAUUACACAAAACCCGUCAGUUACUGGUGAACUCGAGCUUAGCAGACGAGAGCCCGGCGACAGGUCGCGGCAGUGCGCCGGAGUCCGACCACACGCACUACGCGUACUGGCGACACCGACACACCAGCGACCAGCCGCGGCUCGACAGCCUGCUCGCGACCUGGUCUGACAUCGUCGACCAAGCCGGAGAGGCGCCUGGCACUGGUACCACAGUAUUUACCAUCGCUGAAGAGGGAGGUCGUCCGGAGUUGUUCCUGUUGGAGCGCAACCUGACGAGCUUGCGGCCCGUGCAGUCCGCGCCGCUGCAGGUGGGCGAGGACGUCGCCGCAGCCGCCGCGGAGAUCAACGCGCGGCUGGGACGCUGGCCCGCCAUGCAGUUGAAGAGUGUUCCUGAAGCGGAGCCCGAGUUGGCGUCGCUGGCGCUGCUGUUGCCGGCCGCUCCCAUCCUAAACCUGCACCAGUUGGAGAAGGAGGGCAACCUCACUUCCACCAGCGAGUCAGUGUCUCACGUGUCUCAGCUGCGCGAGGACGCCAGCAUCCAACACGGCCACACGGCUGUGGCCGCGGUCCCGCCGCGCGACACCAGCACUGCCGCACUGCUCGCCUGUGCCAGAUGGAAGUCAGGUCACACGGGCUACCUGGCGGUGUUCAACCCUUCCGCAGAGGAGUUGCGCGCUAACCUCACGUCGCUGACGUCAGUGCCCGACACCGUCACGCUGCAUCACAUGUCGCAUGCCGUCAAGCUCUACACCAAUUACACAAACAACUACGCCGAGUCUUCGGACAACGUGCUAGUGCCGCCGCGGUCCUCCGUGGUGCUCUCGUACGUGCCCAAGACAUCGUCAGAAAACUAACUUGUUACAGUUGUCCCUGAACAAUGUUCACGCUUCCCCGGUAUAUACGUGAGGGGCCAUUAUUUGCAUUUACGUUUUUUAAUGACAAAUAACAAAAAUAUAGAAUUUGCAGCAUA